CCAAUCCUCACCCUCUCUCUCUCUUCCACCGUCACACAUAUAAUUUGCAGAAAUCCUUUGCUUAGCCUCUGAAAAUGGUGAGAUUUAUGGUGAUUAUACUUGUUGCUGCUUGCGUGGUUCCGGCGAUGGUGAGCGCUGGUUUCGUGAGCCAGCCUUUCCAUUUGCAGGGAAGUGUGUACUGCGACACCUGCCGCUGCGGCUACGAGACCGACGCCACCGAGUACAUGGCCGGUGCCACCAUUAGAAUCGAGUGCCAUGGCAAGGACUCGGACAAGAUCACCUUCACGACCGAGGCCGUGACCGGCCCCGACGGGCGUUGGAGCGUGGACGUGACGAGCGACCGCGGCGACGACACCUGCGAUGCUGUCCUGGUGAAGAGCGACAACCCCGAGUGUGCCACCCCGAACGCUGGUCGAGACCGCGCUCGCGUGAUCCUCACCCGCAACAACGGGAUGACCUCCAACAUUCGUUACGCAAACAACAUGGGAUUCCUCAAGAGGACGCCAUUGGCCAAUUGCGCUCAGAUCCUCCAGAAGUACCAAGAAACAGAGGAGUUUUGAGAGAUGUUUUCUCUUCUUGAAUCAUUUUAGAAUAUCCUGUUUUGUUGUAUGGUAUUUGUAUUAGUAGCUUUAUGGUUUAAUUUUUGAGAUAAUGAUUGAUUGGGUUGUGUUAUGUGUAAUUUUGUGCAAUAGUCACUCGCCAUUGUUGACUAAUGUAACUCUAAGUUCCACACU